AUGAGUGCAAAUGCUCUUGGUUUAACUAUGGAGAGCAAUGAGAUCAGAAUUUUAGAGCCAUUUGAUACUUCUAUCAAGUUCUCAACUGCCUCUGGGAAGAAAAAUAUCUAUGUUGCAGUUUCAGAUAUAUUCAUGAAUUUUUCUUUCAGCACAUUACAACUAUUCUUAGCAGUUGAGGAGGAUAUAUUAAGGUUCCUGAGGAUGACAUCCAGGAAAAUGAUGGUUUCCUGCUCCGAUUUUGACAAGCUUGACACAUUUCAAAGUACCCACAACAACCAAACAUAUGCAUUUUGGAGACCGCAUGCACCACUUGUUUAUCAGUCAGUUUAUCACGUCUUGAAAGAGGGAAGGAUAAAUACAGAUGCCACUGCAACAGUAAGUGUUGUAUCAGAUGAAGAGAUCCAAAAGCUUGUGGCAAUGGGUUUUGAUAAGGAAGCUCAUGAUAUAUUUGGUGAUGUGGAUGAGCUGUUGAGGGAACGCAAGUUUUUUGUAGAUAUACUAAUGAUGGAAGUAGCUAACAAAGGAAAUGGAAGAAGCCUCAUGAAAUAG